AGGCCUGUAAUAGCAGAGCGGCGGGCACGCGCGGGGUCGUGAGCGCAGCCAGGCUGGUGGAUGUGAAGCAGCGUGGCAGCGGCAGCGGAGUGUGGCGUGUUGUUGAAGACUCUCCCAGUGUUGACCAGCUCUCCUCUCACCCUCCUGCACCCUCAGCCAUGGCUCAUACAAUUUUAUUAGUGCAGCCGGGACCAAAACCAGAAACUAGAACGUUUUCUGAUUACGAGAGCGUGAAUGAAUGCAUGGAAGCAGGUGUGUGUAAGAUCUAUGAGGAGCACCUCAAGCGGAUGAACCCCAAUACUCCAAGCAUCACCUACGACAUAUCUCAGCUCUUUGAUUUUAUUGAUCAAUUGGCCGACCUCUCCUGUCUUGUGUACCAAAAAAGCACCAACACAUAUGCACCCUACAAUAAAGAUUGGAUAAAGGAGAAGAUAUAUAUCCUUUUGCGACGUCAAGCUGCCAAGGCAAACUAAAUCAAGAAAAUGGCAGAAAAUUUUGUUGGUUUUGAAAUUGGAAACUUAUAUUGUGGAUGACUGGCAGGUUUCUUGAUGAUGAUGAUGAUGGGUGUAUAACCACGAAGAGAUUGGGAGAACAAAAAGAGGGACGGAAUCGCAACAUUAAACAAAUACAGUAGUUAGUAAGGAUAGAAUAAAACCAGUAUAUCAUUCAUUUAUAUACUGUAUAUCAUGACAAAUUUGAAGUUCAAAUUUUGAAGUGAUAAUCGUUCUGCAGUGCUCAUUAAAAGUAGUUUGGAUGAUAAUAUAGCUAAGAUGGUUAUAAGGAAACUAAUUUUUGAAUAAAGAUGUAAGUGAACAAGGUCAAUUUUUUUUAUAUAAAUAUAUAUAAUGUAAAAUUUGUGUCAAUUUGGUAUAUGGUAUUUUAUAAUAUGUAAUUAUUUUCUGUAAAAAUUAGAACAUGAAGUUACAGUAGAUGGUUUCCAGUGUCCCUGGGAUCAAGAGUACAAACCCAGCGUGAGAAUGUGUUUUGAUCCCUUGUUUUGGAUAUGUUUACAUCCACGUAUAGUAAUCAGUUUAAUAACAAUGUAAUUCUCCAUUACUGAAUGGAACAAGAAGCAUGCCUAUGUGCAUCUCUUUUGAGUGUAAUUUCUUUUUUAGGGGAUUUCACUUUGCAAUUAACUACAGAAUCAAGGCUUUACUGUAGUAAAAUAUGACCAGGUAAUUUUAUUGUAAUUUAGCCAGUUUAAAUUUUAUUUUUAUGGCAGGGUCAAUUUUUAUGACUGGCUCUAGUUGAUUAUAUUUUCUUGAAAUGCAUAAGUGGUAAUUGUAAGAUACAUUUUACACCAGCUUUAUAUAAUUUUUGCUGCAUAAUUUGUUAAACCAUCUCAUUUCAUGUGAAAUAUAUAUAUAUCGGUGUUUUGCUUGCUACAAUAUUUGACACGCCUCACUCUGAACGGUUACUCUCAAAAGUUACACAUAACACACACACAAUGUAGAAAAACGACUCUAGCUUUGUAACUAAAUUUAGUUCAGGCAGUAGCGUACUAUAAUUUCUUGAGCGAGUUCUUCAUCGUUUAUUAAUUAUAGCUAUUUUAUCAUAAUGUGAGUAGCAAAGCAAUGAUAGAUACACAAUGGCACAUGGAUGAGACUGAAAAGUUAAGGUACAUGUUAUAUAAAGGUAUUUUGUUUAUAUGGAAAGUAUGUUUUCCAAAUUUUGUUUAGCUCUUCAGUAGCUUUUAAAUUUGAGAAUGCACCACAAAUGUCAUCCAUACUGUACAAGUGAAUAUUUUGACAAAAAUCUUCAGGUAUCUCUUGCAUUGAGCAAAAUAUUUAAUGUAGUCUAUAUGAUUUUCUUUGUUUGCAUUAUGUACCGUAUUUAGACUUCAUAAUAAAAACUAUUGAAAGUAAAA